AGCGAUAGCGAGCGAUAAACUGUCCGCAUCAUUCGGUCCAUCUCAAGUGUACUAAAUGAAGUAACCAAAGUGUGAGAAGAAAUCGCGCUGUGAUUCUAUCGUUGAGAAUCACAUUUUUUAGUUGUCGAUUAUUAGUGUGGAUCUGUUCUUGUUGUUACUGAGUGUAGUGCUGUUGAAAGUUUCGUUGCAGCGGUCAAAAGUUUAGGCAAACUCAAAAAUUUGAAGUAAAAUGUCCGUCGGAUCCGUUCUAUUCCUCACCAUCCUACUAACUGGAUACAUCUACUGGAGCUUAGCCCAACCCACCAACGUCCUGGAGAUACGCUGCAAGCUGUAUGCCCGAGCCGGGGUAGAAGACACCGGAGAAUGCGUUCACGGUGCCGAACUAAAUCCGUGCGGCACACUAUCCUGUUUGAAGGGUGUCGGCGAACAGUGCGGUGAAAACUUUGCCGGUAUCAUCCUGCACGGCAAGUGUGCCAACGGGCUGAUGUGCUGCGGGGGCCAAUGCGUUGGCUGCAAGAACGGCAUGUGCGACCAUCGGCUGUGUCCACCGCGGGGAGCCCCACUGGGUGGGCACUACCCGUUCGGUGGUAACCAACAGGCGGCGCCUGCCAUCUUCCCGACGUUCUACAAGAUGUUUGAUUUCUACGCUAGUGAAGCGGAGUAGAAGAGGUGGAGCGAGGAUCUGCCACGUCACAUAGUAGUAUAAUAAUCAAGUAGGCCAACCACAUAACAAAUUAUACAAUGUUGAAAUUCAUGUGACAAUGGAAGGGGCACACAUUCGGAGUGAUGAAAGUACAAAGAUAGAAUACAUAGGGGGCGCGAGAUUACAAGUUGCAUCUCCGAAUCAUAUUUUACUCUACUCAUUUCAUACAGGUCGCCGUGUAAUGGAAAGACCCAUUACACGAAAGACUUGAAACCCAAAAUAUCUAACGAAAACACGGAGAAAUGGAUGUGAUAUUAUUAUAAAGCAAACAAAAAUAAGUGUAAUAAAGCAAACU